AUGGUGAACAGCCGACCGAUCACAGCGGUAGCUUCAGGAGCUGACGAGGUCGAAGCCCUCUCCCCAGCAAACCUACUAUUCGGUUAUAAGGGAAAAACCAUAAUUCCGGAACACCUCUCGAAACCCAAGAGGUCAGCAGACUCCGACAAGGUCGUCUUCUCUAGGAGAUGGAAGUAUCAACAGCGCCUCCUCAGUUCGUUCUGGAGAAGAUACCACGAAGAAUACCUCCAAUACCUCAAGACGGCCCACAAACCAAUCUCGGCAAGGCCUCUGAAAAUCGGAGACGUAUGCCUACUCCAGGGAGAAAGUUUCAACAGAGCACUCUGGCCGCUGUGCAGAGUGAUCUCAUUCCCCGAAAACGUCAAACCAGAAAACGCUAGAUCAUGUUUCAUCAGAACAGCAAAGGGUCAGACAAACAGCAGGGGUUGCGUUUUUUGUGCCUUGAACAUGGCUUCGAAUUGGGUCAACAACGAUUUGUGGAAUUCGCGUCUGGCUCUGUUCAACGUCGAAACGAAAAGACCGAUUCUGCCGCGCGCUUCCCGUUAG